CUAUGGUUGGGUUAGCAUUUCUCCUUCUCUGUUUUGGAGAGAUAAGAGGUCAAUUACCAGAUAUAACCACUCAAAGAGAAGAUGACCCACAAGAGGAAUUGUACCAACUUCUUCUGAAACUGCGCCAGGAAGAGAUAUUCGAUACCCUGCUUGUCUAUGGGAAGGAAUGCGCUUUCCAUUUCCUAUCCAGACGUUUGGAAGUACCGAUGGUUUUGGUCUCUUCGGGUAGCACCGAAUUCGAUUGGGGUUUCAGCAGCCUAACUUUGAUCCUCAGUUGCGGCCCAGAAGAGGAGAAGGAGGCCAAUUACCGAAAUCGUGUUAAACUGCAAAACAGACGUUUGAUCUAUUUACCAGAGGACAUCCAGCCGGAUUCUGUAUGUAAUAACUAUUCACUUAAGGAGCAAUAUAAUGUGGCGAUGGUAAGAGAAGACUUCAAGAAGACGAGAGUGAUAUUCGCCUGUCGCUUCCUGUCACAUCCCAACCUUGUGGAAAAACAUCUGAUGACAAGUGAUCCCAUUUUCAUUGAAAACUUUCAAAAUAUGCAUCAAAAACCGAUCAAAGCAAUCGCAGAUCUAGUGGCUCCUCGAUCCAUGGUGUGUUUGAUUGCAAAAAGCGGAGAAAAAAAGCUAAAGGGCUAUGUGGGCAAUCUGAUCACUAACUUUGCACAGAAGGUAAAUGCCACUUUGCAAUAUGAAACGCUAAACAAGAAAGUCAGUUUUUUAGAUAUAAUAAGGAGGGUAAGUGAAGAUGAGCUUGAUAUUGGCAUUUCUUUGGAGGCCUUAAAUGUAAACAAAGACCUUGAUACUGCCAGUUACCCAUUCUUGCUGACAAAUUACUGCUUGAUGCUCCCUGUUUCAGCAAAGUUGCCGAUAAAUCGGGUUUAUGCAAUCAUAGUUCACCACCUCGUUCUUGUUAUAAUCUUGGUGCUUUUCAUCAUGCUCUCGAUUUUGCUAAUUUACAGUCAGAAAAGGUCUUGGAAGAAUCUGAACGUGGCGAAUAUCCUGCUUAAUGAUGUAGCCAUACGCGGUCUAUUGGGACAAGCGUUUCCGUUUCCUGCGAACCCAGGCAAACUUCUUAGGGUAAUAUUUUGCAUCCUGUGCUUUGCCAGCAUUAUGAUGACCACCAUGUAUAAUGCCUACCUGCAGUCCUAUUUUACAAAUCCACCAACUGAACAUGACAUUCGUACUUUCAAGGAUAUUGGCAAAUAUCAUCAGAAGAUUGCACUGCCCAAAUUCGAAAUGACAUCGCUGAUAACUACGAAUAAUUCCCAAUUUGCUGAAAUAAACAAACGUGAACUACUAAUCAUUGACGGAUGGAAGGAUUAUCUGAAUUUGCGUGACUCGCUCAACCUAAGCUACGGUUAUUUAGUGACGGAAGAUCGUUGGAGCGUCUAUGCCGAGCAGCAGAAACUCUUCAAAAAGCCCAUUUUCUACUUCGCAAAGGACCUAUGCUUCUCCCGUCAACUUUUCAUGUCCAUUCCCCUGCGAAGACAUCUGCCGUACCGUCACCUCUUCGAGGAGCACAUGAUGCGGCAGCAGGAAUUUGGCAUGGUCAGUUACUGGAAGAGCCAUAGCUUCUUUGACAUGGUGAGACUGGGCAUAACGCCCAUCAAGGACCUAAGCCCCCCAAAGGUUUUUGAAGCAAGCCUACUGCUUCAGGAUAUCUCCUGGAUACUCAAACUGUAUUUUGCCGCUAUGGUGAUCAGCAUCUUCUGCUUUUUGUUUGAGGUUUUAUAUGCGGGACAACGGAGAGUAAUAAGUCAUCAUUAGUCAUAUACAUCUUUUAAAAUUUUUAUUAAAAAUAAAGUAAU